CGGCCCUGCUUGUUGUGAUGACAUCAAAUGUUUCUUUGGAGUUAUCGAGCGUGAUAAGAUUAUAUCUACAACUUAUUGUACAUUUUGCCGAACGAUCAAACUAAUAAAAUGUUUAGUUAUGGUUGACAUGCAUUAAUGUAACUUUUAAGGGAAAAUCAUUAUCGGAAAGAGGAGAAAACUUAACGGAACGUUGGACGGAUUUUAGAUGGCCAUCUAACCUGAGCUCAUACCAUUUCGGCGAUAGAGCGAUAAUUAUGAAAAAGACAAACCAAUCAACCAGCUCUUGCCUAGAGAAUCCCACGGUGUCACCCAUUAGUUAAGCAAAUGCCAUUACCUAAAUUUUCGUCUCUUUAAAAAACAAAGGAAAUAAAAUCGAAUUAUCGUGAUAGUUAACCUAAGACUACAUCAUGUAACAAAGAUUUCGUCUUAUGGUGAACAAAUAUUCAAGACUCAAGACUCAAGUAUAUGAAGUUGAUUUUUUAUGGUUGAAAGCAUGUUGUUGAAUGUCGCAAUUUGCAAUAGAACCAAAUUGCAAAUUACAAAGUUUUUAAGUUGAAGCCGUCCUAAUUAGCACCUAUACACAAGUCACAAGACGUGGGUGCACUAAAACAUAUCUAAAACUUUCAGAAACUGUCCAUACUAUAUGUAUUAAUACAAAAUGUGUUACAAGAAAAAAGGUAUUAAUACAAAUAAUAUGAGAACAAUUGCGUGUAAGUCAAUUUCAUAAUUAAUAAACAAAACCAAAAAACACAUGGACGAACGGACAAUGGCAAUUUCGUUAAUGUACCGACAAAGAAGCUCGUUGUAAUAAAUUUAUCACGUUAUAAAGAAGCUAGACACCAAUGCUUAACUUGUUGUCUUCACGUAAGUACAGAAUCAAGUUCCAAAGAGAGAGAGAGAGAAGACAGAGACAAACAAAUCUACAAAGGCGACUAAAGAAAUCUGAAAAGUCCCUGACUCAACCAAAAGGUUUGGUCAAAGAAGAAGAUGAACUCUCGCGCCAUCUACGCCGUCAUCGCGCUCCUCGCCAUUGUAAUCUCAUCCGUCGACGCAAGCGGCUUCAGUUUCGGACACUCGCUUGAUUUCGUACGGACCGGAUCCUCUUCGCUCUUCUCUGGAUGCGAAGGAUCGAUCGCUGAGUGCAUCGCCGAGGAAGAGGAAAUGGAGUUCGAUUCGGAUAUCAGCAGGCGCAUUUUAGCGCAGAAGAAGUACGUAAGCUACGGUGCGAUGAGGAAGAACAGUGUGCCUUGCUCACGUCGUGGAGCUUCGUAUUACAACUGCCAGCGUGGCGCUCAGGCCAAUCCUUACAGCCGUGGAUGCAGCACCAUCACGAGAUGCAGGCGUUGAUUGAAGAAGAACAUGAGUAACUUAAAUUCCUAUUUUGCCCUUGUAUGCUUCUUUUUUUUUCUUUUUUUUGUUUGUUUAUUUCCGGGAUAUACGGGUUUGAUUUACACAUUGAAAACAAGUUAUUUUUCUGGUUGUUCAUAUACAGUAAAUACAUAUUUCAGAGUUGCGAAGAUUAAAAAUAGUUAUUAGUCCGAUAAGUGAUUGAGUUUUGGAAUAAAGUUGUAUUAAUAUAUCGACCGUAUAAUUAAUCAACUAUAUGAAUGGAAUGAAAACAGAAAAAAUUCCCGUAUUAGCUGUUGGUGGCAUGUUGGCUAAUAAGGUGACGAUGGGACACAUCACAGCCUAAGCCUAGCACACUUAAACUAUAAACAUUUUCGAUAUAAUUAGUAUCGGUUGAUGUUUUGAUUUAUGAAUUUAUCUAAAAGCCAUUGAAUGUUGUAUAUGCUAUAGUUAAAUUUAUUAUAUGCUCCCUCUGCUAAAUUUGACAUACAAAUGUCAAGUACUAACAAUAAACAUUCAUAAGAAAAUUGAUGAAUUCGAUCGAGAUAUAUGUUGGAGUGUGGUAUUGUUUAAGUCAUGUUCUAGUUUGAAAAAAAAACAAAUUUAAAGAGUUAUCUAUUAUUAGGAGAUUUUUUUUUACCAUAUUAUUAGGAGAUAGUAUUUAUUUAAGUUCAACAGUACAAUCAUUUAUUGCAGAAUGAGAUAUUUAAUUCAGGAGGAUAUGUUUCAACGGUACAAUAAUUUAUUGCAGGAGGAGAUGAUAUUUCAAAGUAUUGUAAAUAAAAAAAGAGUAUUGUCGCACCAAAAAAUACUAUUGUAGAGAUUUUUUUUAAAAACAAAAUUUAAAGGAUCAUCUAUUAUUUCUUUUAAAUUGAAAUAUCUCUCUUACAGAAAUAACAGUAGUUUUAAAAAAGAAAUAAUAGAUAAUCUAUUAUUAGAAAAAAAUUAUUUAAUAUUCAGUUGUUCAAAAAAAAAAAUUUAUUUGAUUUCAACGGUACAAUAAUUUAUUGCAAGAGGAGAUAUUUAUUUGAGUUCAACGGUACAAUAAUUUAUUGAAGGAAGAGAUAUUUAUUUCAACGGUACAAUAAUUUAUCUAUAAAUAACUCAGGCUUCGUGCAGUUUGAUACCACAUUUAAACGGAUACAUCAGCCUCAAGGAGCACAAAGCGAUGCCUGAUCAGGAGAAAGAGACUCGUGUACAAAAUCUAUUCCAGGAUGGUUGCUUCUACUUGUCAACCAAACAACAUUUGGCGUUUCUUCUUCAGCGCACGUUACACCUAGUCUCAUACCAGCAUCAGCAACAGAGUUGGGAAAUACACAGCAGUCAGUCUAUAACCAAAAAAGCGAAAGAGUCAUGCUCCUUCUGUUUCUAAUAAAGGGGAGGAAAAAGUUUUAACGAGCUGCUAAGUGCUAACUAGUUGACGUUUCAGACAUAACCUCUAACAGUGUAGCUAAUGAUCUUAAAUCAAAAGUGGCAAAGUGUUUGUUUACAAGUUCAGACGUGUCAGACGAGGUAAUAUGUUUUGUUUGCUUUUAACACUUAUCACUAAGUAUUUCCUAAUCAAUCUAACUAUUAUAAAAAAUUCUUUUUGUUGUUGUUUGUUUUUUUUUUUGUAGUCAAACAGAAUUGUUGUUGUUGUUUGUUUUUUUUUGUUCAAAUCGCAUUGUUUUUUUUUUGUUUUAAUUUUUUGUGUCAACAAAUAAAAACGUUUAUCUCAACUAUUACACUUUACAAGAUUUUGGACCCUAGCUUCUUGUUACUUUAGGUUCCAACCAUCGUGUAGUCUAUCUAACAUAUACAUUGCUAUUCUGUAUGUACCAUGCUAUAGUAUAUUUGUUAAGAAUAGUAUAUUUGAGAAGUUGUGAUAAUCUUUGUUUCUUUUUAUAAAUAGCAUGGUAUAUCGUCAAAACAGUUGUUCUAAAAUUAAAGUGAUGGCAAUUUCUAGUUAACCAUGAUGAUUAUUACACUCUUUUUUUUUGACAAAAUGAUGUAUACACACUCUUAUGGGAUGUUGUUUUUAUUUGAAUACUUUCUUUUGAGUGGUGGUGAAGUGAUCGGACGAGUAAAGCUCAUAUAAAAUAUGUGUAUGUCAUGAGUAUAGGAGAAGUUCACAAUUGGUUGUUACUGUGAAGAGAAUGAUGGAUUCUUUUUUUGAGUGAUGAAUUUCACAUGAUUGUCAUCAUGAUCGUUAGAGGUAAUAUGUUAUGUUUGCUUUUAACACUUAUAAGAAAUUUUGACAUACAAAUGUCAAGAGUACUAACAAUAAACAUUCAUAAGAAAAUUGAUGAAUUCGAUCGAGAUAUAUGUUGAGUGUGGUAUUGUUCCUUAUAUUUAGCAUAUUGUGUAUAUCAUCUUAAGAUUUGGAGAAUAUCCUUUUAAGGAGCAUUGUAUGCAUAUAUAUAUAUAUGCAAAGCCUAUACAAUGAAUAACAGAUAGAACAUUAUUCACCAAUACAAAGUUUGUCUGUUUAGUCAUGUUCUAGUCUUUUGUCCAGAUUCUACAUUAACUAUGUGAACAAUAACUCACUAACACAACGUAUGUGAUCGGUGGCCUUUUAUUUUAUUUGUUUGUUUAUUUCCGGGAUUGGUUUGAUUUACACAUUGAAAACUAUAGACUAUUCAUAUACAGUAAAUACAUAUUUCAAAGUUGCGCAGAUUAAAAAUAGGUUUAUUAGUCCGAUAAAAGUGAUUGAGAUCUAUGCGUAGUUUUGUGUUGUGACAACUUUAGUUUCUUAACACAAACUCACAAAGUAACUAUUUCAAUUUAUUAAUAUGAGGUUUGGAAUAGAGCUAUAUUAAUAUGACCUUCUGAUUGUGUAAGUAAAUGUAAAAAAAAAUUAUAAACUGAAAAAGAAUUCCUUUAUAGCUGUUAGUGGCUUGUUGGCUAAUAAGGUGAUGAUGGCAUACUCAUGGGACCAUAACAGCCUAGCACGCUUGACUUCAAACAUUUUCUUCAUAUAGUAUUAUUUUCAUGGCUGUGAUUAUUUAUCCCGAUAUGAUUUAAUAUGCAUUUAUUUUGAUUAAUUAUAAAGCCAUAGAAUUUGUAUACACUAUGGUUGAAUUUAUUAUAUGUACCACCUGCUACAUUUGAUUUGACAUACAAAAUGUUGAGUACUAACAGUAAAAUGUUUUUUUUUUUGAAAAAGGGCAUUCAAUUUAAAAAGACAAGUUACAAGAUGUGAUUUGUUAGAUCACAUAGUUUAAAAAAGUUGGAUACAUAAUGUAAGUAAUGAAAGAGCUAUUAAACCAAGAAGUUGGUAAUAACUCUUUACUUUGACCAAACUAAGAAGGAUGUUUGGUAAUAAUAUUCUUUACUUUGACCAAACAGUAAAAUGUUUUCAUAAGAAAAUUGAGGAAUUUGAUCGAGAUAUA